UCUGAAAUCCAACAACCCAGUAUCGCUGUGCCACUCUCUCUCGGAUCCAGCGCCACUCCUUAACUUGAUAUCUGUUUACUUUAGAGGAGGCAGUUUUUAAGAAAGGAUCAUAAAUAUCCUGGCCCAGUGCCCCAGGAGCCAUGACAAGCAAAAGAACAUACUCGCCUAGUGAUAGCCCUUGUGAUAUUUAAAUGUGUGGUUAAUUUUUUAUCCACUUUAAUAACUGGAUUAUUCCCCUCUACCCCUCCUUUGCUUUCAAUUUCUGCUCCGAAGCCUUGGGCACAGAAAUCUCUGCAGGCAAAUUACUCCAGAGAAUAUUGCAGGACAGUCCUACAAGGAACAGUUCCAUUCACGGCAUUUGGAUUCCUGAUCUUUUUCUGACAUGGCAGGUGUGAGUGGCUGUAUAAAAUAUUCUAUGUUUAUCUUCAACUUCUUGUUCUGGCUAUGUGGCAUCUUGAUCCUGGGAGCAGCAAUUUGGAUACGAGUUAGCAAAGAUGGUCAAGAGAUUCUCAACUCUGGGGAUUUUGCCACUAGCUCCUAUAUUUCUGUGAACAUCUUGAUUGCUGUGGGGUCUAUCAUCAUGAUUCUGGGUUUCCUGGGAUGCUGUGGCGCCGUUAAAGAAAGCCGCUGUAUGCUUCUCUUGUUUUUCAUAGGCUUGCUUUUGAUCCUGCUCCUGCAGGUGGCAGCAGGUAUCUUAGGAGCUACUUUCAAAUCUGACUCUGAGCGCGUCCUGAAUGAGACUCUCCAUGAAAAUAUAAAGCUCUUAAGUGGAACAGAUGAGGAGGCGCAAGCAUUCCAGAAAGCCCUGAUGAAAUUUCAAGAAAAGUUUAAAUGCUGUGGUUUGGUCAAUGGAGCUGCUGACUGGGGAAAUAAUUUUCAAAACAAUUAUAUGUCAUGUGAAUGUCCAGGUCCGUCAGAGUCUUCUUGUGUGACGUAUGAAGGCAAAUAUGUUUACCAACAGCCAUGCAUUUCUUUCAUAAAAGAAAUAGUUGCGAAACAUUCUCUCAUAGUUAUUGGAAUAGCAUUUGGACUGGUGGUUAUUGAGGUACUUGGUCUGGUAUUUUCUAUGGUCCUGUACUGCCAGAUUGGGAGCAAAUGAGUCUGUGGAUGUGCCGAGCUAUCAUCCAUCAAGCCCCUUUAACAUUUUGCUUUGACUUUGUAACUUUGAAUAUACAAGUGCUGUACACAUUAGGAGCGGCUGUCUUAUUAAAAUGUUUCAUUUAGAUAUAUCACAGGUAUCUUCCAGACAUACUGAACAUAUUUAAGAUGUGAGUGACACAAGGAAAAUGAUAUGAAUGUGAUUUUUACUUAAGAUAAAAAUAACCUUGUUUAUGCUGGUGUAUUUCCGUGUCUGAUCAUUGUGUUCAGGUGGUACUGUGCUGAAAACAUUCAUCUGGAGCCACCCAGUGGAUUAAUCGUCAUUGUUAAGUGACAGAUAGUGCCAUAGUUAGUUAAAGCAGUGGAUCUGGGCUUUUCAGAAGCAACACUCUCUUUUGUGUGGUGUAUCAGCCAUUGGUGGUAACAUUAAGUUGAACCUCAAGUUGAAAAAGUUGAGAGUGGCCCAGCUGAAAGAGUCAGCAUCUCUUUUCUAUUUGGGCUACUGUUUACUAAUGGUAUCUCUUUUUUCUCCUAGCUAUUGAGGCAGGGGUGGGGCAAGAAGAUCUGAGUGCUGUCUUUUAGUCUUUGAAUCUCUGGUACCUCUUUGGAUCUUUCUCUGGGACAUGGAUAUAAGUGCUUUUAUCUUUCUAGUUCUUACAGGCAUUUUUACAUUUUACUUUUUAUUUAGGUAUAAUAUACACACAAUGAAGUGAACAAAUCUUUUUUUUUUUUUUUAAAGAUUUUAUUUGUUUAUUUGACAGAGAGAGACACAGCGAGAGAGGGAACACAAGCAGGGGGAGUGGGAGAGGGAGAAGCAGGCUUCUCGCGGAGCAGGGAGCCCGAUGCGGGGCUCGAUCCUAGGAUCCUGGGAUCAUGACCCGAGCUGAAGGCAGACGCUUAACGACUGAGCCACCCAGGCGCCCCAAGUGAACAAAUCUUAAGACUCCAGCCGUGCAAGCACUUUCCAGAUCAAGAGAUAGAACAUUUUCAGCACACCAGAAUGCCCCUUCAUUCUGACGUGCAGGAGCUGGCUCACACCAGCUCUCCAGGGCAGAUUGUAUAUAUAACAUAUGCUCAGUGACAUCACGUUGGUAGCUUGAAAUCCACCGUGGUGGGAGGAUUGAUACCAUGGAAAUUGGAAAAUGCUGUAAAAUCAGGAUUUUUUUUUUCUUUUUUUUUGAGAGUUUGUUGGUAAUCAUUUACCAGUAUAUCACUGCUCUCGGCAAAUACCUCCCCAAAGGUAACCACUCUUCUGAUUUCUGUGGCCAUAGAUUCAUUUUGCCUAUUCCUGAGCUUUCUAUAAAUGAAAUAGUAAAGUAAGUAGGUACUCCUUUUACUCAACAUUUUGUUUGUGAGAUUCGUCUAUAUUAUUGUAUGCAACUCUAGUUUAUUCUCGUUGCUCUGUAAUAUUCCAUCGUAUAUGAAUAUAAUUACAAUGUAUUUACCCACUCUCCUCUUGAUGGGUGUUGGGUUUGCUUCCAGUUUGGUGCUAGUAUGAAUAAAGUUGCUGUAAACAUUCUUUUAUA